AUGUUUGAAGCAGUAUACAUAGCUGACACAAAUAACAACCUUGUGUAUGAGUACCUCAUCAACCUUUCAUCGCCGUCGUUCAAAUCGCUCAUCAGCGUAGUGUCGUCCCUAUCGGCAGAUCCCAACAAUAUCAUUGAAAUCAACAAAAACUACUCGGUCUACAAAUACACCACCUCCAACAUCAUCAUUUACACCUUGAAUGUUGCCAAUAUCAACCCAAUGUUACCGUUCCAUUUCAUCCUCCAGUUGAUAGAUGUCAUCCAUGACUACUUUGGGUACCCGUUGGCCAUUCCCAAAAUCGAGUCCAAUGAUGAUACUUUAACACUUUUGAUUAGCCAAAUGAUAGAUGACGGAAUCCCCAACAUCACCGAUUUCAACCAAUUGCGUGAUAUCGUUCCGUUUAGCAGCUUCCUCUCCAAGCUUCUAGGCAAAACCAGCCAGAUGACUACCAAUGCCAUCAAGAAACUGACGUCAACAUCCAUAUCAAAUUUGCCCCGAUCGCAAGAUCUUAACACCUCUUCAAUUCCCUGGAGAAGAUCCAAUGUCCGCCACACAAACAACGAAAUGUAUGUGGAUGUUGUUGAGACCGUUGAUGUGAUCUUCAAGUCAGUGGCCAAAUCCUUGGGCCUGGCUCAACAAGUUAAACAGUUUGAUUCUGCAUUUUAUUCUACCAAUUCCUCCUCCACCAGUCUGUACAGCAAAAGCUUGGUGCCGGUAUCUAGCACUAUAAACGGACAAGUUCUAUUUACCAGUAGGCUUACGGGAGUACCGUGCCUUCAAAUGAUCUUGAAUGUGGCUGGUCUCAAUAACAUCAACCCCAAGUUCCAUCGAUGUGUAAAACUCGACACAUGGAAGCAAAACAACGGGACUUUAUCGUUCAUACCGCCAGAUGGGAAGUUCACUUUGAUAAAGUAUUCCAUCGACCUUGAUCAAUUCUCGAGAAAAGACCAAUUGUCGAUGUUGGGGAGUGUAAGUGUUGACUACAAUUAUGGGUUGGGGCUUCAUAAAAACGAGUUUGAGGUCAAACUACAAUUGCCGGUUAUUAAGGGAGUGACGAAAAUCGAAAACCUCCUGAUCGAAAUCAACGCUAAUUAUCUGAACUUGAUAACCAUCAAGUCCAGCAGAUUGACCCAUGGCGACUUCAGCUAUAAGAGUAAUGGAAAGGCAGAAUGGAACUUGAGAAGUGUGACUCCGGGUGUGAAUCCGAUAUUGUAUGGUUCUAUCAUCACUGGUGACAUGGAAACAGACUCCGAGACGUUUGAUAGUGAGAGAACUACACAAGACAAGACAUUUACAAAACCCGUCUUAAAGCCAGCAUUCAUUAAAUUGUCUUAUACCAACAAAGGGUCAUUGCCUUCAGGAAUAAAGGUAGACAGCUUAAAGAUAGUCAGCGCGAAAGGAUUGAGUGAGACCGUUAAGCCCUACAAAGGAGUGAAAUACUUGACCAAAACUGGAGACUUUAUCAUUAGAUCCUAGUACAUAUUUAACAAUUUACAAAUGCUUGUAAACUUCAUUGAAUUCGAUUGACACUGUGUGUCUCAUGGUGACGGUGCUAAUGGGGCCGAUUCCUGUAAUAAUGGGGCCGUUAUUAUCGGUCCUAGUUAUUCGGCCUUCUUGGCCUUCUUCUUGUUAGAUUCCUUGAUCAAAACACUUCCCACAAAAGAACCCACGGCAACUCCCCCGAUUAACAACAACAAUAAGGGAAGCUUAAUAGCAUAGUCUCUUGGCAAGAAGAAACUCUGCAAGAAACUUGAAUCAUCAACAAAAGGUAACACUAACACCCAAGUAGAAUAGUAUACAAAGACAGCCACGGCAACACCAAGCAUAGCCAAACCAACUAACUGAUCAAACUGAAGAAACGUCAGUAUAAGAGGUCACUCAUCAUCCUAUAAUGUCAUACGUACCAUUGUGAAUACUUAAGAUUUGAAAUAUCACUAGAUAUACCAAG